GAGGGGAAGAAAGUCCUUCCGAUUGCCUUCGUAGUGUUUGAUAUAAUCCUCUAUCCCCUGUUUCGUUGAUUGGGCACUGAUUUAAAAGGAUGAGGUGAUUGGAAGUUGGUAUUAAGUUGAGGAAGGGUUGCGAUUAAGCUAGAAAUUGAGUGAUAGCGUAGAUUGAAGCUCAAGUAGAUGGUACUGAGGCUGCAUGUGCUAUUUGUUUGGGGGUUGCGAUUGCCGAACAAUAUAUUUGUUGUUUCUAAGUGUGGAGGCGUUGGGUCCCUGACAAAAUGGUAACCAGCUGAAGAUUUAAUGAAUAGUGCUUCUUCUACAUCUAAUAGCUUAAAGGCAGCAUUCUCCUAUUGCGUACAACAAGUGCGAAGCUAUGAUUAUCAUCACUAUCUAUGUCUUCUUGAACUCCCUCCAUCUAUGCGGAAAGCUGCCUUCGCUCUGCGAGCCUUGAAUGUUGAAACAGCCAGAGCUAUGGAUGUUGCUUCUGAUCCCAGGAUAGGUCUUAUGCGUUUGGUAUGGUGGCAAGAAGCCAUAGACAAAAUAUAUGCCAACAAAUUGAUUGAACACCCAACAGCACAGGCCCUCUCAUCUGUUAUAGGUGAAACCAAACUUGGCAAGACAUGGCUGAAACGAUCUGUUGAAGCUCGGAUCAAAGAUGCAAGAAGAGAGCCUACUGACAUGCCAGAAACUAUGGAAGAGAUGGAGAAAUAUUCCGAGGACACAACAUCAACUAUGCUAUACUUGACACUUCAAGCUGGUGGCAUCAGAUCCACGGCAGCUGAUCAUGCAGCCUCACAUGUCGGUAAGGCAAGCGGCAUUCUCUUGCUACUUAAAUCGCUGCCUUAUCACAUCAGUCGUGACCGCCAUUUUUCUUACAUACCGGCUAAAGUGGCAUCCAAACACAGGUUAUUAGUUAAGCAGGGACGUCGAGAAGAGAUGCGCUUGGAUUCUCGUGAGGCUCUUUGUGAUGCAGUUUUUGAGAUGGCCUCAGUUGCAAAUGCUCAUUUAGAGAAAGCUAGGAAGUUAGCUGAAUUUGUGCCUCCCGAAGCUGUUCCAGUGCUUCUCCCAGCAGUGCCAGCUCAGGUUCUCUUGGAUUCUCUGAAUCGGGUGCAAUUUGAUGUGUUUGAUCCAAGGCUUGCCCGAGGGGUUCUGGGAGUAUCCCCUUUAUGGUAUCAGCUUAAACUGAAGUGGACCUCAUGGAGAAGGAAAUACUGAUAAUUUGUCAUUUGUCUUGGAAUAAUUUGUGUGGUGGAAAAUUUGAGGAAGCUUCUUGUGUAUCUUGCAUUCUUGACGAAGUUGGCGCUCCUUAUGAAAGUGACACAGAAUUAGACAAUUAGCGUUGAAAUUUUUGUCGGCUGAUAUUAAUUUUUUCCCCCGAAAUUCAAUUGCCAUAGUGGGAGAUGAAAUAAGGGGGUAAUAACCUUGAAGAAUUUAAAGUUGCAUCUGGCAUGAUAAGAUUUUGAAGUCUGCAUCUUGUUGUACUUGUUCUUGUUGAUAUUACUUACAAUGAAUUGCUUAUUGCAAUUAUUAUCCCCUUGACGAAUUAUAAAUAUUUGUCUUUUGGUAUUGGA